AUGGCAGAAUUGGUAGAGAAAUCGAGUGGUGCUGGUGUCAUUGUGCGUCGCGAGCCUUGGUACAAGAAUCCUACAUUGGUGUGGAUACUCAAGUCAACAGCUGUCAAUUUGAUUCUUCCCUUCGUCAACGGCGUCAUGCUUGGCUUUGGCGAGAUUUUGGCAAACGAGCUAGUCUUCAAGUUUGGGUGGUUUGGUUUCUCACGCGUUUCUCCAAGCACUGCUCUCGGCUUAUCCCCCGGCAUCCCUCCAAGUGGAACGACCGAAUACAGGAAAACUCUUCAAAACGAGGUCAAACGUGCCGAACAGCAACAGCAACAGCAGCAGUAUACCAACACCCCCGAUCAAUUAGAAUUACAAUAA